AUGGGAGAAGAGGCUGGAGCCCGAUUCAGCUACAACGCUGGGAUCAGCGCGUGUGAGAAGGGAGAGCAGUGGCAGCAGGCGUUGGCGCUGCUCAGCGAGAUGCGGGGUGCGAAGCUGGAGCUGGACGUCAUCAGCUACAGCGCAGGGACCAGCGCGUGCGAAAAGGGCGGGCAGUGGCAGCGGGCCUUGGCGCUGCUCACCGAGAUGGGGGAGGCGAAGCUGGAGCCGGACGUGUUCUGCUACAACGCUGGUAUCAGCGCGUGCGAGAAGAGCGAGCAGUGGCAGCGGGCUUUGGCGCUGCUCAGCGAGAUGUGGGAUGCGAAGCUGGAGCCGGACGUCAUCAGCUACAACGCUGGGGUCAGCGCGUGCGAGAAGAGUGAGCAGUGGCAGCGGGCUUCGGCGCUGCUUAGCGAAAUGCGGGAGGCGAAGCUGGAGCCAGACCCUCAGUCACCUAUAACGCUGGGAUCAGCGCGUGCGAGAAGAGUGAGCAGUGGCAGCGGGCUUUGGCGCUGCUCAGCGAGAUGCGGGAUACGAAACUGGAGCUGGACGUCAUCAGUUACAACGCUGGGAUGA